GUUGCACAUCGCGGAAAUACACAUUGCAGCAUGGCUUCUGAGUGCUAGAAGUGUACUACUGAGCGAUUUUAUCACCAGUUAAGGAACAUAUCACAGCAGUUCGUCGGUGUGGGUGUUUCUAUGAGGUAAAUACACUUUGUGGAGACAUUUUUUUCUGCGAGACAACAUCGAGCGUUACUUUUAAAAGGCCGCCUGGUUAGUAAGUGACGGAUCUCUGAUGAACCAGCGUGGCUGAACACGGUGAGAAAACUCAACGCACUUUGUUAAACCAGAGGAAAUAUUUAAAGGAAAGCAGUGACCAUAAUGUCUAAGGCAAAGAGUGCAAACGCUAAGCCGUCUAAUAAGGAGAAAAACAACAACGUCAAGAAGAAAAAGAAGUACUGGAUAAAACAGAAGAUAAAAAUGCCUCCAAACAAGAAUCAAGAAAAAGCUGAAGCUCCGAAAAAUGCUCCUCCACAAGAUGCCCAGCAGUUCUCUGCCAACUGGAAAAUAUUACAAGAGAUGUUAAAGGCCAGUCAGCCGGAGAAGAAGCAGCAGCAGCCCGUGACACCGAAACAUCUAAACGGCGUCCUGCCAAAAAAAGCUACAGAAAACGCCUCUAAAGUUAUUUCCAAGAACAAUGCUGGCCCCAGCCAAACAGACAGUGUCAAGAAAGUAAAGCACAAAACUGUCUCUAACAGCGUCCCCAAGGACACUCAGGUGAACGUGAAGGAGCUGGCUGCCUCCGAGACGAAGGCGUCUGCUGCUCCGAAAAGGAAAAAGGACGGUGGAAAGUCAAACAGCGAACAAGCAGCCAAGAAAAAUAAGUCUGAGGCGGAAGAGAAGAAGCCUACAGAAGACGACCUCUGGUUUGAUGACGUGGACCCCGAUGACAUUGAGGCAACGGUGGGAGCAGAAGCAGCAGAGAUCAUGAGGAAGAAGCAGGGCGUACGGAAAGCCAAGGAGGCGGAGAACGUCCUGGUCAAGGAGAAAGCGUUCGAGGGCCUCACCAAGAUUGUGGCCAUUGAUUGUGAGAUGGUGGGAGUCGGCCCUUCCGGGGAGGACAGCAUCUUGGCUCGUGUGUCCCUUGUGAACCAGUUUGGGAAAUGCAUCUAUGACAAAUACGUGAAACCCACAGAGAAGGUGACUGACUACAGGACGGCGGUCAGUGGAAUCCGACCAGCGGACAUCAAAGACGGGGAGAAUGUAAAGACUGUGCAAAGGGAGGUGGCUGAGAUCCUGCAAGGGAGAAUAGUGGUUGGACAUGCCAUACACAAUGACUUAAAGAUUCUGCUUUUGGAUCAUCCAAAAAAGAAAAUCCGAGACACCCAGAAGUAUAAACCCUUCAAGAAGACUGUAAAGAGCGGUCGACCCUCGCUGAAGCUCCUCUGUAGAGAUAUCCUCCAUGUGAAGGUCCAGCAGGGUGAACAUUCAUCUGUCCAAGACGCGCAGGCCACCAUGAGGCUGUACACGCUGGUGAAAAAACAGUGGGAGGCAGAGAUUAAAGCCAGUCAGAAAAACAAGGGUGAGAAGAGUAAAAGAAAGCCAAGGCUUGCAAAGAACAAGGACAAGAAUCUCAAGGGAUUAUGAAUUCAAAACCAAUAUGCGAGACAGCAGCUCAUCUCCUGAUCAGAGCAGACCCGACUGAAGCGAGCAGAGGUUUGGGUUUGUUGUCAAAAGACGAAGAAAUCACAGGAGUGACGGAUGUUGAACACUUAUGACAAUCUAAAAGUCAGACUCUUCUCAAUCACAGCAGCUCCACGAAGCGAGCAAAAACAAACUAUUAGGAGUCUCGGUGAAAACGACAGAUGUGCAUAGAGAUGUGUUUAUCAGCAGGUGGUGACUGAUUUCCUCAGAGUUUCUCAGAGUUCCUCAGACUUCCUGAGACUUCCUGAGAGUUCCUCAGAGAGGUCGAUCCAAAUUGUGAACUCCGGUUCGCUGACCUGCCAGGUGUUACGCAAAGCAAAGAUGUUCAUUCUUAAAUGUAUUGGACUUCCUCACACAGGAAUUAAACCAUCCAAGAGAUCGCUAAGCCUUUAUUUACAUUCAUUUUUUCCCAAGCAGAUUUCCUCCUUAAGUUGUUCCAGACGUUAUGUCCCAAUACGUUAUUCCCAGCAGUUGAAGACAGGUGUUACAAUCACGCAACUUCCUCUAUGGAGCGUUCUUUAGAAUCAUUUUUCCACGACCUCAAGCUGCAGUUUCGACAUGUUGUUUAUUCACUGUGGUGUCAGUAUUAUAUAAAUUGUCAGAUUGAAGCUUCGACUUCUCAUGAUCUGGUUUGUAAGAAUUCCUAAAAAGUUGGAUGUUGGAAGAAGUUUAAAUAAAACACGAGAGAAACUCUUUCUAAGUAAGUGUAGCUGAA